CUCAGAACCUAGAACAGGCAGGUGCUGCCUGUACAUCCUGGGCACAGACUCCCACCUGCCACAGCUCACUUGUACCAAGCCAGUCACGCCCGUGGUGCUUCUGCCAUGUGCGUGCUCUGCACCACCAUCGCCUGGGGACCAUGGCCACUCUUCCCCAGUGGGACAUGGGACAAGGGAUGGCUCUUCUCCCCUGGUACUGGGGCUUCACCGGGGCUCUGCAUGGGGCAUCACAGGGUCCCCCCAGCCCUGAAGGGCACCCCACUCCCUGCUGCUCUCCCCUGCAAGCCAGAGGCAAUGCUGGCAGCUGGCACAUGGCAGAUGAGGCAUGCGGGCAGCGUGCAGGCAGCGUGCAGGCACCGAGUGAUGCUGUCAGCUGGGCACAGUGGGCAGGCGGGGGGCUGGAGGCACCCACCCCAGCUCCGGGCUGCGAGCAGGGGGUUGGGAAAGGCGUGUGUUUCCCUUUAAGAGGCAGGCCCUGGAGCGGCUUCCUCUCAGCCGUUGCAAGAGCCCUAAACACAGUGCAUCUGCCUGCAGCCUGCCUGCCUGCAGCCUGCAACCAGCCAGCCCAGGCUUGCUCCUCAGCCAUGCUGCUGCUCCCACUGCUCCUGGAGGCCACCCUGCUGCAGCUGGUCAGCGGCUUCCACCGCCCCUUCUACAACGGCUUCUACUACAACCACAUCAUGAACGACAAGGGCAAUGGGCAGGAGACAGUGGAUUACUUCAAUGGUGCCAAGCUGGUGGUGGAGACGCCCAAAGAUCCUGUCUACAGUUCCAAUGGUGCCAAUGUCACCCUGCCCUGCCGCUACUAUUAUGAGCCUGACCUGGAGGCUAAGCCCAAGAUCCGCAUUAAGUGGUCCAAGCUGCGGGAUGACUACACCAAGGACCAGGACGUGCUGGUGGCCAUUGGCAAGACCUACGUGGCCUUUGGGGAUUUCCAGGGCCGUGCUCACCUCCACCAGGCCAGCCGGCGUGAGGCCUCACUGGUUGUUAGCGACGUGCGCUUGCAGGAUGACGGCAAAUACCGCUGCGAGGUCAUUGAUGGGCUGGAGGAUGAGAGCAAUGUGGUGGAGCUCCGGCUGCAAGGCAUCGUGUUCCCCUACCAGCCUCCCCUUGGGCAGUACAAGCUCAACUUCCACGAAGCCGAGCGAGUGUGCCAGGAGCAAGGUGCCAUCCUCGCCACCUUCAACCAGCUCUUCCAGGCCUGGAGCGAGGGGCUGGACUGGUGCAAUGCAGGCUGGCUUGCCGACGGCACCGUGCAGUACCCCAUCCGCCUGCCCCGCAAGAAGUGCGGUGGGCUGCACCUCGCCCCGGGCAUCCGCAGCUACGGCCCGCGACACCGGCAUUUGCACCACUUUGAUGCCUUCUGCUUCUCUUCUGGGCUCAGAGGAGAGGUUUUCUUCCUGGACCACCCAGCUGGGAUGACACUGGAGGAGGCCAAGCAGAGCUGCCAGAACGCAGAGGCUGAGAUUGCCCGGGUGGGGCAGCUCUACUCAGCCUGGAAAUUCCUGGGGCUGGACCGCUGUGAUGCUGGCUGGCUGGCGGACGGCAGUGUACGCUACCCCAUCGUCAAGCCCCGGGCUAACUGUGGCCCCGCAGAGCCCGGCAUCCGCAGCUUCGGCUUCCCCAGCAAGGGCAGGUUUGGAGUCUUCUGCUACAAGGAGAGAUAAGGAGCCAAGGAGGGCUCCUUCUUGGCCAGAGGAUGUUUCCAGCCUGAUGAUGCCUGGUGUCAGGUGUUUCCCAGGGCUGUUUUGGGGGUGACUGGGGGGAGGCAGG